AAAAUCAUUUCACCUUUUUACUAUUACUAAAGGGCUGAGAGAUCUUCAGAUAGUACUCAAACUCAUAUUAUAAAGCUGGGCAAGUCUCUCUUGGAAAUAAGAUUUAAAAACCCUGACAACUUAUUAACUUAUUUAGUACAAUUAAUCAUUAAAGCAGUGUUGGUAUGUUCUUAGAAACACCUAAAGCUAUCUACUCUAAAUUCAGCAUCUGUCAACUGUACUGAAUCUGUGAGAAAACGAAUGCUUUUAGUCACAAGUCAGGGCAUACUGCAGUAUCUCAGUGCUGUGCAAAGUAGCGUUAUUAAUAGAAAACUGUAAACACACCCGUAAUGCAUUUUUCUGCCGAGCAGCCAAAGGCGGGAGAAGAAUAGAAAAACUGUGGCUGCUCCCACUGGGCAUUAAGCGCAAUACCAGAGAGAUGCCACUCUGUGUUUUCUGACAUCCCCCAGAGCUCAGUGCAGCUGUGACGAGAGAGUGGAGUGGGGGGGCUUCACAGUUAGCGAGCACAAGAAAAGGAGGGGAAUUCAUGUGGAGGAGGAGCUUCAUGAAGGGUGAGAGAGCUUAAAAAAGAUGGUGAGAAAAUGCAAGAGAGAGAGAGAGACUGUUUGUGUGAGUGAAAGAGAGAGAGGGGGAAGAUGCUGUUGCCAGGGAACAGCAAUGAAGUAGAAACCUCCAUCUUUCCCGGCUCGUACGAGGAUAAAAACACAUCAAAUCAUGGAUGGAAAGUGGGCCGAACAUGAGGAGAAGGACAACAGCUGAUUCUAAUUCCAAACAGCCUUAAGGGAAUCAAAAAGAAGGUAGGCAGGUGUGAUUACAUAACCAUCAUAACACAGCUCCCGCACGGGUGACAUCAUCACAGCAGGAUUAGAGCCUGGGGUGGGAGCAUUAGUGUUGGUGGAGAGAGGAGGAGGAGGAGGGUUGAGGGGGUGGGGGUUCAGCAGACGAGCAGAAGUAAAUGGGAGGCGGAGAGACAGAGAGUGAUCAUCAUGAGACAAGCUAAAAGCGCCGGGUGAGGAUUAUCUUUUGUCCAAAAAGCAGCACGGGAUCUGAUCGGCAGAGGAGACUGAAAAGAUGAGAGCAGGAUGGUGUUUGCUGUGUGGUGACCCUGCCUCUCCUAACCGCGCUCCUCUUCACAGGAGGACACGAUUUCUCUCUCUCAGCCUCCAUUAGCAGCAGCAGGAGGUGUCCAGCAGCAGCCCAGGUCCUGAGCACACGGAUGUCCCACCUGCUGAUGUAAACAGUGAUGACCCUCUGUCCAAUCAGGCAGCUCUAAAAAGGGGAGAGGAAGAAAAGAGAGGGCAGCAUCUGAAAGCAUAACAGGGAAGCUUUCAAAACGGCAAAGAGGAAAUCUUCCUAAUAACAGUGUUGAGCUGAAAUCUGUCCUCCCUGGCAGAGGAUGGGUACAGCAGAAGCCACUUUACGCAUGGACAGCAUGGAGGUGAAGGACGAGUGGCAGGAUGAGGACUUCCCCAGGCCACUACCAGAAGAUGGAGAUGUUGAUUCUUCAUGUGGCCUCACUGACAACAGAAACAAUCCCCCCACCACCCUGAAUGUGGGAGAAUCAGCGGCUCAGCGAAAACGUCGCACCUUGGUGGCCCCUGACAUGAAUCUGUCCCUAGAUCAGAGCGAGGGGUCAGUGCUCUCUGACGACUUUCUGGAAACGCCUGAUGACCUGGACAUCAACGUGGACGACAUCGAGACCCCUGAUGAGACCGACUCGCUGGAGUUCAUUAAUAAUGGCAAUGAGCUGGAGUGGGAAGAUGACACUCCGGUGGCCACCGCCAAACGUCUUCCAGGUGAAAGUGAGGAAGAGAGAGACUCAUCAGGUCGUCUGUGGCGAACAGUGAUCAUCGGUGACCAGGAGCAACGGAUUGACAUGCAGGUCAUCAGACCGUACCUGAGGGUAGUCACACAUGGAGGUUAUUAUGGCGAGGGUUUGAACGCCAUUAUUGUGUUUGCUGCCUGCUACCUUCCUGACAGCAGCUGUGAGGACUACACAUACAUCAUGGAAAACCUCUUCCUGUAUGUUGUGAGCAGCCUGGAGCUUCUGGUGGCAGAGGAUUACAUGAUUAUUUACCUGAACGGAGCGACGCCUCGCAGGAAGAUGCCUGGCAUCAGCUGGCUGAAGAGAUGCUACCAGAUGAUUGACAGGAAACUGAGGAAGAAUCUAAAGUGUCUCAUCAUCGCUCACCCAACGUGGUUCAUCCGGACUGUCCUGGCCAUCUCGAGACCUUUCAUCAGUGUGAAGUUCAUGGAUAAAAUCCGCUACGUCCAGACCCUGGAGGAACUCAGCCAGAUCAUCCCCAUGGAGCAUGUGCAGAUCCCUGAGUGUGUGCUGCAGUACGAUGAGGAGAAGAUAAGAGCACAAAGGGAAAGACUUGAGCAAGACCAGCAGCAAACCAACUCAACGCUGCCAAAAGAGAGGCCAAAGUCAAUGAUAGCAGAGGUUGGCCGUGACAUCUGACAUUAAGAGUUUUAAAUGGAAGAACCAAUGGAGAACAUUCAUUCAUUACAACAGGAGCCAUCACCACAUGCUAUGUUGCACAGGAUUAAAUCUCCUGACUGGAUCCAUUAGCUGCAAGACAAUCAUUUCUCAAAAACAUUAUUUCCAGCAACAUGAAUGCUUCUGACUUAAAGUUAAUUUACACCAAAGCAUUACAUGAUUUAGCUAAAUCAAAAUGUUUCUGCUCCCUGCAUGUCAAGUUGAGCUUUAUCUACAGCAUGACUUCAGCUAUAUAAAUAAAAAAUUAAGGACAAUGAACUUUCAAACAUCUUCUGACAGAGCUGGGAACGUCAUGUAAAUACUUGUAUAUAUAUUUUUGAAAGAGGUGUUUGCACUGGUAUUUGAUUUUUGAUAUGAAUGGCAUGGGUAUUGUCUAAUUUCAUGGCUGUUUACUGAAAAAUAAUGUGCAAUGAUAUUGUUCUUAAACCUAUAGUAGAUGUUACCGAUGCAAACAUGUGUUACAGUUUUUCAGAGUUUGAUAUGCAGGUGGCAUGCUCGUUCAUAUCCUUCCUGUCUCUUACAUGUUUUUGUUCAUUUUUAAAUGAUCUGCCAUCAUAUUUUAAAAGAUACUUUUACAGGACAGAAAAACAUACAUUGUUACAGAUGAAAUUAAAUAUAUUUAAAGAGAGAGUCAAAUUAAUUGCUAUAAGUGUUAUUUAUGAAAAUGUGCCAUUUACUGUUUGUAAAAAAAUAAAUUAAUUAAUGGAUGAAUGAAAA